GCCGACUGAGCGCCUCGGCGCGCUGCCCAUUGGAGCUCCGCCACUAUUUGGUAGGAAUGCCACCGCCAAAGAUUGGAGGCAAGGCUGCGCCGCACAGCCUAAAUUCUCGCUACACCCUCGGCGAGGAGAUUGGCCGCGGCGCGAGUGGACUCGUGUACAAGGCGCUAAACACGCAGACGGGAGGGAUGGUGGCCAUCAAGCAGGUGACGCUGCGGGGCGUCUCCAAGGAGCAGCUUAACCUGCUGCAGCAGGAGAUCAACCUGCUGAAGCUGCUGACCAACCCGUACAUCGUCGAGUACAUCGAGUCCUUCAACACAAAGGAGUCGCUCUACAUCGUGAUGGAGUUCGUGGAGAACGGCUCCCUCUCGCAGAUCGUCAAGCGCUUCGGGCGGCUGAACGAGUCCCUCGUCGGAAUCUACACGCUGCAGGUGCUCGAGGGGCUCCACUUCCUGCACGAGCAGGGCGUGAUCCACAGAGACAUCAAGGGGGCCAACAUUCUCAUCUCGACCGGCGGCAAGGUCAAGCUUGCAGACUUCGGCGUGGCCACCAAGCUGGAGGCCGCGGGGCUCGACACGCAGGCCAACUCUGUCGUCGGCACGCCCUACUGGAUGGCGCCAGAGAUCAUCCAGAUGAGCGGUUUCACCACGGCGUCCGACAUCUGGUCCGUCGGCUGCACGGCCGUCGUCGAGCUCAUCUCGGGCGCGCCGCCCUACUUCGAGAUGGCGCCGAUGUCCGCUCUCUUCCGCAUCGUCCACGACUCGCACCCGCCCGUCCCCGACAACAUCUCCCGCCAGCUCAACGACUUUCUGCUCCUCUGCUUCAAAAAGGACACCGCCCAGCGGCCCAACGCGCUGCGGCUCAAGACGCACCCGUGGCUCACGCAGCCUCACGACUCCGCCGCCGACGCGCCUCCCGACGCGAUGGCCGCCGCGCCGGCGAUGCCGGUGGAGGUGUGGGACCCGCCGACGCUGUCUGGCGCCGACGGCUACACGUCGCACCCUCUUCCGGAGCACAUCAAGGACGUCAUCAACCCGAAGGAGGAGACCAUCCGAGCGGUGGAAGAGAUCGUCGCCCACAACCUGUCCAUGCAGCGCUCCAACCAGACGCCGCGCGGCGACGGGCGAGGCAACACGGCCUGCUACUCCGGCCCCUCCGACUCGUCGGCGGGCGGCGAGGCGGCGCGGGCCAGCACCAUCACCUCCCUCGCCCAGGCGACCGCCGGGGCGAGGGGCGACCAGAGAGGCACCGGAGGCGCGACGGCGCCGGGAGGCCACCGGCGCGUGCACUCGACGGGCUCCUCCUCCUCCUCCUCCUCCCUCGGCCUCGCCCCCGGCACCGGCACAGGCUCCUCCAUCUACACCGACCACCCCUCGCGCGGCAUGAGCGGCGGCGCCGCGCCUUUCCUCUACCGCCCGAGCUCGACCGACCGAAUGCCACACGCCUCCGCCGCCUCCGCCGCUUUCGGCGCGCCCCACCUAGCGCGGAGGCCGAAGAACCUCAUCGGCGACGCAUACCUGGAGGAGAUGGUCGCCGCCGCCGCCGCGGCGCAGCAGCGGCUGCACCACGGCCGCACGUCGCUCGACGGGCACCCGCACGGCGGAGAGGUGCUCAACAUCCUCAUCCAGUUCGCCGAGCGGCCGGACGAGUCGCUCUCGACCAACUACUCGGACUUGCUGCGCCGCGACGCGCCGGUGCCCCGCUUCGCCGCGCUGCUGGCCCAGCGGCUCAAGACGCCGUGGCCCUCGCCGUCCGACUCUGCGCUCGAGGACGCGUCUUCCUCCCUGGACUACUCGGACCCGUUCUCAGACCUCCCUCCCGUCAGCCUCAAGCCGACCCACACCGACGAGGCUGCGACGAGGCAGCGCGAGCUCCUGCGCGGCCACAUCCAGCAGCUGCAAAAGGCGUCGCAGCAGAAGCACGAGGGCGUCGCGAUCGACGCGUGCGGAAAGCUGCUCGAGAUCUUCUCGCCCGACGGGCCGGACGGCUCCAUGCACCCCAUCGCCGAGGGCAAGGAGGGCUCGCGCGCAAACUCGAUCUCCGUGUCCUCGGAGCGCGCCGGGAGCCGCUCCGGCGAGAGCCGCGCCAACGAGGCCGCCGUCUUCAUGUCGGAGCACGGCAUGCUCCCGCUGGUGCACAUGCUCUCCUCGUCCGACUCGACGCGCGUCAACCUCAAGCUGCUCGAGCUGCUCAACGCGAUCCUGCAGCGCGGCGGCGUGGCCGUCUGCGAGACCGCGUGCUUGCUCGGCGUCAUCCCCGCCGUGCUCCGCUUCACGGAGCCCCACCUGCCGCAGGGGACGCGCCUCGAGGCGGCCCGCUUCAUCCACACGAUGUGCACCCGCUCCGUGCUCACGCUGCAGAUGUUCGUCGCGUGCUACGGCCUGCCCGCGCUCGUGCGGCUGCUGCUCUCGCCCGCCGAGUCGCACGAGCUCGUCCUCUUCUCGAUCGACGCGAUGAAGUCGGUGCUCGACAUGAAGGGGCACUCGCCCCGCAACGACCUCUGCCGCACCUUUGUCGAGCUCGGCGUGCUCGAGCUGCUGAUGCACGCGCUGCACGAGAUCAACGCGAAGCACCCCGGCCACGCAGAGCGCGCGUCGGAGAUCUUUUUGCUCUUCUCGUGCGCGGACACCGUCGUGAAGGCGCAGAUCGCGACGCGGCUCGUGCUGCCCGGCUUGAUCCGCGUGGUCGAGCGGCCGCACGAGUUUGGGCCAGAGGUGGUGCUCAAGCUGCUGCGCUGCAUCAAGCACCUCUGCAUGGGCGACGCCUCCCACAUGGAGGCGCUGCAGCGCGCCAAGGCGGUGCCGACGCUGGUUGCGAUGCUCAAGCUGACGCAGGCGCAGGCGCACGCCAUGUCGAGCUGGGCGGAGAUGCGCAACGUCUGCGUCAACGCGCUGUACCUGCUCUGCAAGAUCUCGCGCUCGCGGCAGGAGGAGGCGGCCAUCAACGGGGUGCUGCCGCCGCUGCAGGCGCUCAUCGAGCAGGGGUCGCCGCUCAAGCAGUUUGCGCUGCCCAUCGUGUGCGACAUCGCAAAGGCGUCGAAGCGCGCCCGCGCCGAGCUCAAGCACCACCGCGGGGUGCAGUUCUACCUCGGCCUGCUCGCGACCGAGUUUUGGCAGGAGGCGGCCUUGGACGCGCUGCUGGUCUGGCUGCUCGACGAGGGGGCGUACGUCUCAAAGGUGAUGGAGGGGCCGCAGGGCGUGCAGGCGCUGCAGGGCGUGAUGGACUGCGGCAACAACUCGUUCGUCAACAUGCUCGAGCCGCUCCGUCAGAUCGUGUACAACUCGGCGCCCGUCAACCGCGCGCUCGGCAAGCUCGCCGGCCACGCCGGAGUCUCGCCCUUUGUCUCGUCGCUCGUCAAGCGGCUGAGGCACCAGGACGCCCUCGUCCGCCGGCUGCUGCUCGACAUCAUGACUUCCCUCUACGAGCACCACCGCUCGCCAAAGCUGCUCGUCGAGCGGCACCGGCUCAAGCCCGUCCUCACCGACAUCAUCGAAAACGACCCCGGCGUCCUCGUCCAGAACGUCGCGAGCCGCCUCUUCCGCGCCUUUGAGGCGCACGACAUCCUGUAGCGGCGGGCCUGGUGCAGUGCGGCGCGCCGCGCCCGCAUUUCGCACAAUAUGCCGUUUGUUUACACUAAAAAGCUCUUCCUCC